AUGGCGACGCCGUGCCGGACCAUAAACGUUAAUGCCAUCGCCGCACCGUCUCCUUCUGUAAUCAUCGUCAAAUCAAGCUCUCGUCGCUUGAAAUUACCGUCGAGGAGGACGACGAGGAGCUCGGGUUUGAGUUUUAGGUCUCAGGGAAGAUUGCUCUCUUCGCGCGUCGCCUCUGCGUCUGCGACAUCGAGUUCUACGAGUAGAUUUGAAGCUUUAGAAGAGGGCAUUGAGCAGAUCAUUUAUCGAUGUCGAUUCAUGGCGUUUCUUGGAACAUUAGGGUCUUUGUUCGGAUCGGUUAUAUGUUUCAUCAAGGGAUGUAUGUAUGUCGCAGACUCGUUUGUGCAGUAUUCUGUGAAUCGAGGGAAGGUGAUAUUACUUUUAGUAGAGGCCAUAGAUAUAUAUCUUCUAGGAACCGUGAUGUUGGUCUUCGGAAUGGGACUUUACGAAUUGUUCAUUAGCAAUCUCGACACUUCAGAAUCGCUUUCUGUCGAGAAUGCUAAUAAUAGAUCAAGUCUCUUUGGAAUGUUCACUCUAAAGGAGCGGCCUCAAUGGUUAGAGGUGAAAUCGGUUAGCGAGCUGAAAACGAAGCUAGGACAUGUAAUAGUGAUGCUACUGUUGAUUGGUUUGUUCGACAAGAGCAGGAAAAUUGCCAUAACUUCAGUCACGGAUUUGCUAUGUAUCUCUGCUUCUAUCUUUCUUUCUUCGGCUUGUCUCUUUUUGCUCUCUAGGCUCAAUGGUUCACAUUGA